UCUUUGUGUUGGGCCCCCAAUGCAAGAAAGAGGGCAAAGGCCCAGUAGAAAAGCGUACGGCCCAAGAGACAAACUCCAGGUCACAAAAUCUUCCCGGCCGACUGCGACUGGGAAGGCGAAAGUGAAACUCCGCCGCCGCUUCCGCCGUCGCCUCCGAUGCUCUCCGGGAUGCUGCCGCGGCUGCGCUCCUCCACGCGCGUCCUCCGCAAGCUGUGCGGAUUGGAACCCGCGGCGGCGGCGCGACGGCUCUCCGCCGCGGACGCACCCGCGUCGUUUUCCUCCGCGCGCGGCAACUCACUCCUGUAUCCUCUCCCCGGCCUGGACCUCCCUCCGCCCCUCCCCGACAACCUGGGCCGCGGCCCCACCCGGGUCACCACGCUCCCCAACGGCAUCCGCGUCGCCACCGAAGACGUCCCGGGUCCUUCGGCGUGCAUCGGUUUCUUUGUUAACUCCGGCUCGGUUUACGAGUCCGCGGAGACCACCGGGGUGUCGUACCUGCUGGAGAAGAUGGCCUUCAAGGACACCAAGCACCGGAGGCACCGCAAUCUCGUGCAUGAGCUCGAGCUUGCUGGAGGCAAUGUCGGUGCCUCCUGUUCCAGGGAGCAGAUGGUCUACAGCUACGACACGCUCAAGGGCUACAUGCCGGAGGCCAUUGAGAUACUCAUCGACUGCAUGCGCAACCCGCUCUUCCUCCAGGAAGAAGUCGAAAGACAGUUGGUCCUUGCUCGAGAAGAAGUCCAGGACCUGCUGAAGAACCCUGAGAGGUUUCUUCAUGAACAGCUUAACCUUGUUGGAUAUUCAGGUGCUCUUGCAAAUCCGCUAAUAGCUCCUGAGGAUGCUCUUGCCAGAAUCAAUGACAAGAUUAUUCAAAAGUUUUAUCAUGAAAACUAUACCGCUGAUCGUGUGGUUCUGGCAGCAUCUGGUGUUGAUCAUGAAAGCUUGCUAAACUAUGCUGAAUUUUUGUUAAAUGAUUGGCACAAGGGGUCCCCUGUGGAAAAACCAAAGUCUACAUACGUGGGUGGUGAUUCCAGACACAGAGCAGAUUCAGAUAUGACCCAUGUUGCAUUAGCUUUUGAAGUGCCAGGGGGCUGGCUUCAAGAAAGAGAUGCUACAAUUAUGACCGUCCUACAGACUUUAAUGGGUGGUGGUGGUUCAUUCUCCUCUGGCGGUCCUGGGAAAGGAAUGCAUUCACGGCUUUAUCUACGAGUCCUAAAUAAAUAUCAUUCUGUCCAAUCUUUUUCAGCAUUUAGUAAUGUAUAUGACAAUACCGGCCUCUUUGGCAUCUCCUUGACUACGCCACCAGAUUUUGUUGCAAAGGCCGUUGAUGUCGCAAUAAGUGAAUUGAUUGCUAUUGCAACACCUGGAGAAGUGACGGAGGUUGAACUUCAACGAGCGAAAAACUCAACAAUUUCAUCUGUAUUGAUGAAUCUUGAAUCCAGGGUAAUUGUUGCAGAAGAUAUUGGAAGGCAGCUGUUGACUUAUGGUUGCAGGAAGCCUAUUGAUUACUUCCUUCAGUGUAUGGAAGAAAUUACUGUAGAUGAUAUCACAACACUUGUCAGGAAGAUGUUAUCUUCGCAACCCACGAUGGUUAGCUGGGGAGAUGUUGACAAAGUUCCUCCAUACGAAUUUGUUUGCAAGCGGUUCCGGUAGCACCGUACACAAUGAUCCCUGAUGGUCUUGAAGAAUGGUCCAUUGGAGUUUUUGUUUUGACCUUGUACUUGGCCACUGGCUCAGAAACUGCUUUCUUUCAGAAGAGCAAAUCAUUGUAGUUAGGAUUGCAGCAGCUACGUUCAAUUGUAAUUGUCCAAACAGCACACGGAUGAAAUGAGCGAGGUUGACAGAAAUGAAAAUUUUGUAGAGUUUGCUCGUGGAAA